UCCUUGCCUUUCCAGGAUUUUAUGCUCGGCUUUUGAAAGGGAUAGAGCUUCUAGACUUGGUGACACUUUAUAAUGUUGGAGAUGAAGAUGUUGCGAAUGUUGAAGUAGUAUUGAGAAUCGUGCGAAUGAUAUGAGAACGAGAUUUUCAUAAGACGGUGUCCGUCGAGAGAGUGUUGGAUUUUUUUGGGUGGUGAUUUGCAAUUCUCCUCGCAACGUUUUUUACGAUAUUGUUGAAAAAUUGCAAUCAUGGAGAUAGUAAAUUACUGUGUCCUCUCCUCAGCCCCUGCGAUACGCACCGGAAAAGUAUCGAAUCGAAUGAAUUUUUUUAGAAAUACUUGCACUCUUAAUCCCUUCUAUAACUCGAGACAUCUGCUAGUUGAGACGAAAAGGUGCGACCAGCAACGGAUGCGACUCCACCGAUCGCUUUAUGUACGAGCCCAAACACCUUCCCCUUCUAACGACGAUAAUCAGGUCUCUCCAGAGAUCACCUCUAGUAAAAAUGUGGAUAACCUCGAAGAUGAAGUGAGAAGGGUCCGAAAUUCUCCUGCAGGGGAGCCAUCAAAACUGCGGUAUGGUUUGAUAACUGGGCUGGCAACUGCUGGACUAGUUGAGACUGCUUAUCUGACAUGGAUGAAGUUGCAAGGCGGACCAGUCUCAUGUCCCCUUGGCGGCACCGGGUGCGACGAUGUUCUCAAUAGCAAAUAUGGCACCAUUUUUGGAGUGCCUUUGUCACUGGUAGGAAUGCUUGCAUAUGGAACUGUGACACUGCUCGCCAGCCGUAUGGCAACCAACCCCAAGGAUCGCUUCAUUGAAGAGGAGGGCCUUGUGAAAUGGCUGUUGUUAGCAAGUACCACAGUAAUGGGCGUUGCCAGUACCUACUUCAUGUACAUUUUGAACGACAAGUUGGGUGGUGCGUCUUGUACAUACUGUGUAGGCUCGGCUAUUCUCUCAAUCAGUCUUCUCUUGUGCACGCUAGUGAGUUUUAAUCCUGGUGAUCUUCGCAAUGUAGCUGGUAUACAAUUGACUGCUGGGGUUUCUGUUGCGCUGGUGCUUUCAGCGGCUUUUAACGAUAUUGAUUCGGCAUCUUUCAGGUCAGGCGACAUUGAUAUACCAUAUGAAUCUCCAGAAGUAACGCAUGUUUCAAACGCAAAAGAAAUAGCCUUGGCCAAGCAGUUGAAAGCAAUUGGCGCUAAAAUGUACGGUGCAUUUUGGUGCUCUCACUGUUUCGAGCAAAAGCAGAUGCUAGGUAAGGAGGCUGUAAAGUAUUUAGAAUAUGUCGAAUGCUACCCCGAAGGCUACAGAAGCGGUGUUAAGAUUGCCAAAGAAUGCGAUGAGAUCAACAUUCAAGGCUUCCCAACGUGGGUCAUCAAUGGCCAGCAAUAUUCUGGAGAACUGGAGUUUGAAAAAUUGGUCGAGUUGUCAGGACUUAGCACUAGUGAGUCGGCGCAGUAAAAAUCUACGGUUUUACGUUCCGAAAUUGGUCCAUUGGUUCAUGUAAAUACGACCAUUGGGUCUGAACACAAGGAACCUCCAGUAGGUGGUGUAAUUUCCUAGAAGCACAUAGCAAGGGUACUUUUAAAUCCUAAUCAGAUGGAUGUAACGUCUCUUUACACUACAUGGGCGAGAUAUUUCGAACAGAAUUUGUGUACUUAGCAUUAUGUUCAUCGUCUUCGUAAGGGUUCUUUUGAACAAGAUGGGUUGUGACAAACUCUGCAGUGUCAAUUGCUUCAACUCA